CCUGUGAUUCCAGCUCUGGAACAAUCUGACAUGCGCUUCUGACCUCUGCAGGCACCUGUACUCACAGACACAGACCCACAGAAAGGCACACACACACACACACAUACAAUUAAACCAAUACAAAUAAUUUUAGAAAAACACCAACUCUGUUUCAUAAAAUGUCUAUCCCCGAAAUUCUUCUUGGCAUCAAAGCUAUGAAUCUUGGUUUGGCCUGAAUCAAAGGUCCCUGAAAAUCUAGAGAAAUGAGUCUCAAUUGUAGGCUGUGACUUCUUUUGCAGGAGUUUUUGAAUGUCUAUAUCACAGGGGUCACAUAUCAGAUAUCCUGCAUAGCAAUAUUUACAUUCUGAUUCAGAACAAUAGCAAUACUACAGUAGUAAUGAAAUAAAUUUAUCAUUGGCUGUCACCGCAGUAUGAUGAGCUGUCUUAAUGGGGGACAGCAUUAAGAAGGUUGAGAACCACUGACUGUGGACAGUGUGUCUCCAGCUCUCUCCAUUCUGACUCUUGUCUCCCAGACAUUCAGUCUCUGGAUCUUUAGCACACAGAAUCCUCUGUCCUGGCUCUGGUGCCUGCUUCGUAAAUGAUUUCCUCAAACUUCAGAGCUGCAGCAACAUGGAGCUCACCACUCCAGAGGAUCACCUCCCCUUUGUGUGGGUGCCAAGGCAUGACAUUUGCUGAUGACAACCAGACCAAGUGGAACCGCCCCAAGCAUAAACGGCAUUUCUUCCCUCUCAAUGUUUUCAGUUUCUUGUUGUAGCUGAAACUCAGCUUGUCAGCUCUGAGAUGAGUGCUGCAGAGCCUGCAGAGGCUUUUGUGGGCAUGUUCAGUACCACAGACAGACUGCAGGAAGGCGAGAUCGGUAAAAGGCUCCAAGGAAAAUGUUUCAAAAUUGUCUCCCCCGUGUCUCCUGCUAGGCUUCACUGCUGCUAUGCAGUGAUCAUCUUCCUCACUGUAGCUGUAAUUGGUCUUUCUGUUGCUCUGUCAUUUCCAGGAGAAAAGCCAGAACAGGUCUCAGCCAAAAAUACCUAUGCUGUUUGCCCAAGAAACUGGAUUGGAUUUGGGAGUAAAUGUUUUUAUUUUUCUGAAGACACAAGCAACUGGACAUUCAGUUGGAAUUUCUGCAUGAAACUAAAGGCACAGUUAGCUAAAUUUGACAACAUGGAGGAACUGAAUUUCCUGAGGAGAUACAAAGGGACCUUUGACUACUGGAUCGGCCUACACAGAGAGUCAUCACAGCACCCUUGGAUGUGGAUGGACAACACAGAAUAUAACAGCUCGGUUCCCAUCCGAGGAGUGGAAGACUAUGCCUACCUGAACAACAACGGGAUCAGCACUGCCAGGAUCUAUGCAGACAGAAGAUGGAUCUGUAGCAAGCCCAACAGCUAUAUCCUCGAAUGUCAAAUUCCUUUUUCCUCUUUCUAGUCUUUGUAAAGAGAUGCUUUGCAACCUAAUAUCUACAGUUGCUGCUCUAACCCCUGUUUGCCAACAUUGUUAUCAAAAUGAAUUGGCUGCCAACUGGGUCACAGGAGCAUUUAGGCAUCAUGCAGUCUCCCUGAUGACAAUAGGUCCGAGAGCGCUCCUGGGACAGCAAGUAUUUGGCAAGAGGUGGUCUGUGUCCUACAGGAUCAAACAUUCAGCCAAGAUUUAAAUCUUCACAUAACACAGAGAAGCAUAUCCAUCUAAUAAAAAAAAAGAAUUGAGAAUAUUUCUUUACAUCCAAAUGAUAAACAUAUUGAAGAACUGCACAACCAAGGGUUUAGAAGAACAUAGAUUAGAUUGAAAUACUCGUUGGCACUCAUACCUUAAGCUAAAAGUACAAUUAAUGUUAGUGAACUACUUUUAUGAAAUGAAGUUUUUGUUCAGAUAGUCCUCCUUUUAAAUUUAUUGCAAUUGCCCUUGGACUUUAAUAAUUAAAAAACAACUGGACAGUGAUGAUACAUGCCUUUAACCCCAGCACUCAGGAGGCAGAGGCAGGUGGAUCUCUGUGAGUUUGAGACCAGCCUGGUCUUCAGAGCUGUUCUAAGAGAGAUAGGGUUGUUACCCAGAGAAAUUCUGUAUCAAAAACCAAAACAAAAAAACUAAAAAAAUUUAAAAAAAAAAGAAGGAAAGAAAAGCAGCAGGGAAUAGUGUCAAAAGUCUUUAAUUCCAGCACUCAGGA